AUGCCUUCGAUAGGUACAUCUACAGCUCCUCCAACUCCCCAAGUGAAUGGGGUGGCACCCGCUACAAAUGGCGCCCCGGGUCCUGUUGCGACCUCUACUACGACACCCUCCAAUGUGCCCCCCGAAAUCGAGUAUACACUUUCGCGUCUGAGUGGACAUAGGAAUGUACGAGGAGUUUUGGUUCUUGCGCGUCAAGGAGCAAUCAUUCGCUAUAGUGGUGUAGCGUUUGAAGGAGAACAGGGCCGAAAGUAUGCUGCAGCCGUCAAAAAAAUUGUUGAUUGUUGUCGUACGAAUAUCGAGGAAGAUGAACUCAAGUUUUUGAGAAUGCGAACCAAGAAACACGAAUUAAUGAUAUCCCCAGAUGAGAGAUAUAUCCUGAUUGUUCUGCAAGAUCCUUCGCAGUAA